AUGGCAUUCAUAAGCGAACCAGUGUUAAACAUUAUAGUAGUUGGUUUUCACCACAAAAAAGGAUGCCAGGUAGAACACUGUUACCCUGAAUUAGUUCCCGGGCGACCCUCAGAACUUCCACCUGCUUGGCGAUAUUUACCAGCAUUGGCUUUACCCGAUGGCUCACACAAUUAUCUUUCUGACACAAUAUUUUUCAACUUGCCAGACUUAAGUGACUCUGCAAGAACUGUUUAUGGUGUAUCAUGUUUCCGACAAAUUCCUGUUGAGCAAGUUGUUCAAAAAACUGAAGACAUGACAAGAAGUUCUGUUCAGAAGAGUGUAUGUGUUAUUUGUCAAGCACCUUUAUUUGGUAGACUGGCGGUUAAAAUGGAACUUGUUGUAAGGGCUUGGUUCCUGCAAGGUGAUUUUUCUCAGACAAAGCUUUUAGAAGAUGCAUAUAAUCAUCUUAAUAGUUGCCCUGUACAAAUUGAUCAAUGUUUGGAAGGAUUAUCUGUGCAAAAAUUAAUUGAAAAUUGGAGGCACAAAGCACUUUUACUAUUCAAAUUAUUAUUAUUGAGUCGUAAAGUUGUCAUAUAUGGAUCUCCUGCAGGACAGCUUUCUACAGCAUUACUAACUGUAAUUUCGCUACUGCCUCGUUGCUUAGAAUAUGGGCUAUCACAGUCAGCUAAUGUUGUACUAUCACGACCCCUUUCACCAGUAACAACAGCCAUAGAAGUUAAUACUGAAGAAUUUAAUGCUCUAAACGCAAGUGACCCAAUUUUUAAUGGUAACAGUUUGGUGGAGGUUCUGUCGCCGAAAGAAACUGGAAACCUUUUUGAUGAGAAAGAUAGAGUCAGCAGACAAAGUUUUGAUGAAACGUUACUGGCAGACGUGCAAGAGUUACCUGGUAGAGAAAAAUGUCACAGCAUUGGUGAAAAGUAUAAACCUCAGAAAUGCGUAAAUGAAGCUCAACAAAGUCCCACAAUGGCAAGGGACAUGAGUGUGGACGGAUUGUAUAAUUUGAUAGGACAAAUAGAUCAGGCCGAUUGUGGCUUUCCACUGCCAUUGUUUGAAGAUGGGUAUCUCUGUUUGCCAUAUUUAUCUCUGCAGUACCUAGACCUACUGUCCGAUUCUGCCGUUCAAGGGUUUGUGGUUGGCGCUUCAAAUGUGCUUUUUAAACAGAAAAGACAGCUGUUUGAUGUUCUUGUAGAGUUGAAUGAAAUGCGAAUUGAGACAGCAGACGUUGCUCUGAGGAGGCAGCUUACCCUCGGUACCGAAGAUCUUAGAUUUGCAGAUCAUGUGGUACGGCAUGGUCCUACUCAAGGGGAUGCAUGGAUAAGAGAUCAGUUCGCCACCUACUUGAUUUACCUUCUAAGGACAUCGUUGCUACCAGAUGGAAGCAGAGAAAUAGAAUCAUAUAACUCACAGUUCAUGGCUGCUUUCAAGGCGACUCAUACAUAUGAGAAAUGGCUGAAAAUAACUAAUAAUGGUGAUGUUGAAGCUUUCAUGAACUUGAUUCCGAUGCACCCCUUCGCUGGUCAACUUUCUGUGGCCGACAUGAAGUUGAAAUUUGCACACACCAUGUCCACAACGGAGGGUGGCAGGAAAGUGAGCGCAGCCGUGGCUACCACCGGUCGGGCGGUAGCCACGACGUCUCGGGCCGUGGGCGGAGCCCUGUCCCAGGCCCGCGGAGCCCUAUCCGGGUGGUGGAGCUCCCUCACCACUCCGACACCGACGCCACUCCUUCUUUGCGAGAGUUCGGACGAAAAACCCGCCGACUCGGAAGAAAAACCAGACGAUUCCGGCGACGAGAAACCUGAGAGCUCGCGCGAUGAGAAAAUGCCUUCCGAUGCGGAAGAAGCUCUGGAGGUCCAGGACAACAAGCGCCAGAGCGCUUCGUCCUCGGAUCCCCCCGAUAAAGUCAUAGAAGACAGCGCGGGUAACCUCAGCAAGAUACAAGUUGUUUGA